CAUUAUAGUUACUAUAGUUAGAAGUUACUAGUUAAUAGUUAGUUUAUAAUUCUCUUUUUAAUAUUUAAAAUAAUUGCUUUGUUAUAUUUUAUUAUAUUUACCUCAUUACCUGUAUUAGUCAUACAAUGAAAAGAUUACGAAUAAACAAAAUGCUUAAAGCAGCAACAGCAGCAUUUGAACCUAAACGUUUAACAUAUGGUGGUAACAUGGAAAAUUCAAAUACUAUGUCUAUAGCAAAUAAUGAUUAUCUGCAAGAUAAAGUACAAACUUGGCUUGAAACUAAUAAUAAUUGUAUUACUGUGGACAAUACCUUGGAAAAUAUGGAACAAUUAGACUGUCAGAUUUAUAAUGAUUCAGAUAACUAUUUUGAUCCCAAUACUAUUGAAUUCUUGAUUGAUGAUGAUAACAUCAAUGAUUCAAAUGCAAUUUUAAAUACAGAGAUUCCAUCUGAGAUAGUUAAUCAUACAGAAUCAAACAUAAUUCAACCACCAAUAAUAAUUGUUGUUCCACAACUUGAAGUUGCUAAUGCAUCAACAGAUAACAUGGAAGAAUUAAUUUUAGAUCCUGAAUAUUCAGAAAAUAUUGAAGUUGUAAAUGGGGGAAGAAAAAGGCAAAAAAUAAACAAAAGAAAAAUUGAUCAAUACAACAGAAAUAUAAUUAAACCUGGGUUAGUGAUUAAUUGUAUUCAUAAAGAUAAACCAUUUUGUAAAGUAUCUGAGAUUGAUCCUCAAUGUUUAAACAUUUUUAAAGAAAACCUACGGUCUUUAAAAUCUAAAAUAGAUCAGGAUAAAUUCAUAAUAGCAAUGAUGACUGUACAAAAACCUUUAAAAACAGAUAGAAGAAAAAUAAAUGAAACCAAAAAUAAUUUAACAGACCGAAACACAAUAAAAUAUUUUAUUCCAACCAAAGAAGGGAAAAUUCCUGUGUGUGCUGCAGUAUUCAGUUCAAUAACCUCUAUAUCCCGUAAACGUUUGAAUAUAAUUGCUAAAAAUUUCCAACUUGACUUAUGUAGCCCAAAAGAGAAACGUGGAGGUAAACAUGAGAAUCCAAUAGAUCAAAAAGUAACAGAGUCUAUAAUUGAACAUAUUACACUAUUCAAAGCUAAGAAAAAUGUUUUUCCUAUAUCCAAGGAAAAAAGACUGUUGGUAUUUCUCAGACAUAUGAAGGAGAACCAAUUAGAGUUCCUGUAUUAAAAAAAAAUGGAAAUUUGGAAAAUAUAGGAUUAGUUGAAAAACUACCUAAAACUAGUCAUGUAAAACCACAGAAAAGGGAUGAUGUAAAAAGACUGUUAAAGUAUUUCAAUAUACCACCCGAUGCUAAAGAUUUUUAUAGUGAUAUUUUAAAUUAUGAAGUCACUGAAACAUCAGCUGAAGAAGAUUGCCAAGAAUAUGAAGAAGAUACACUUUAAUAAAUUACUACCUAUGUUUAAAUAACUAAUUUCUAGUUGAUAAUUUAUUAUUUUAUAUUUUGAUACUCAAAAAUAUAACUAAAAUGUAUUGUUAUACUACAUAUUAUAUAUUCUGUUAUAAUAUGUUAUUUAUUAUUAUUAUUAUGUUGUUUGAUAUUUAACCAAGGUAGGUAAAUAAAUUAUUAUAUAAUAACUCAUUUCUAGUCUAUAAAAGUUAUUUUAUUUGACACUCUAAAAUGUUAAUAAAAUGUAUUGUUAUACUAUAAUAUUUUGUAGUUAUAAUAUGUUAUUUAUUAUUAUUAUUCUAAUUUAGUUGUUUGAUAUUUUACCAAGGUAGGUAAAUAAAUGAUUAUAUAAAUAAAAUUUUUGAUACUA